AUGGCUCCCGCGAACCCACCGACCAUGGCGGCACCACAGGUGCAAAAGACGAUGUCUUCUCGCUUGAUGACGAUGAAGUUCAUGCAGAGAGCAGCCGCUACUGCUGCUACUGCUGCUACUGCGUCGCCAACGGACAAGUCCAGCAUCUCGAAGACAGAAGACGAGGGUCCCUCGAAGCGCCGAAAGCAUUCCCAUGCAUCGAAAACGAGCACACCCAACGCGGAGGCCGAGCAGGCAUUGUACGAUCAAAAGGCUAUCCAGGCUGCGCUGGAGGAGGAAGAGAAGAAGCGACAAGCUGCCAUUGAAAAGCGUGCUGCAGAGCUUGGUGACUCCCACUGGGUGUUGCCCGGAGCUGCCGUCGCCCCCAAGGCCGGGGCUCGCCCGGUGCUGAAUGUUGUUCAAGUUGGAUUUGCGCAGAUUGACUACUCAGGCAACGCGAAUGACGACGAUGACGCUCCCGCCGUUGUUUCAACCACCCCCCGCUUCCGCCAGUUCAACAUAAAGAAGAAAAAGGCAUGUUUGUUUAUUGGGCAGCAAGUUUGUUUUCACACGCUAACGUGGCUAUGUAGGAUGAGAAGAAAGAAGACGAUGACGAGAGUGAUAAGGACAGUGAUAGCUCAGGCUCAGACUCCGACGAUGACGACGACGACGACGAUCGCUCCGAGGAUGAAGCAUCCUCAGACUCCAACAAGCAGGCGGAUCGAGGCCAACAACAGGGUGCUGACCCCAGGGGACAGAAACGGGCAAGGCCAGGGUCCACGUUCUCUGACAGAAAGAGCGAGGAGCGCAGGAAGGCAGCGCAGUUUGCGCAAGGCCGAAGGAAGAGGGAAGUUAAUCCCAACCGCCCUGCCACGCUAUCUUCGGGUGGCCAGCCCCAAGGCUCUCAGCGGCAGGGUUUCACCGGGGCCUGCCACACUUGUGGACAAAACGGUCACAGAGCUGCCGACUGCCCCCGCAAGUCGCGGAAGUAGCGUGAUGGUUCAGUAUCCAUUACAGUUACGACCGGGUGUUCGGCUGUAUAAAUCUGGCCGCGAUGCUCAUAAGCUCCAUGAUCAUGGGUUAUUACUCUCCGGGCCGGAGAGAGGCCAAAUGAUCGGAUGGGUUCCUUGGGGCCUGUGGAGGACCGGGAAAUGUGUGCCCAUGGCGUCUACGCCGACUUAG